CACUUUCGAAAUAAUGAUCCCUCUGUGGCAUUGAUCAUCCAACACAUUAACAUGCAUGCCUUCCCCCACCCCCCAAUUAUUGACCAGGCUCCCAUUAUCUUUCCAAUGCUGUUCAAGUUGGCUGUCUUUUUCUUAGUUCUCUCCCUUUUUCUUUUCUCUGUCUCUCAUUCUUGCCUCCCAGUCAGGAGUUUUCUUUCUCUUUGCCUUCGUCCACUCCAUCCCUUCUGACCCCAGCUGCUCCCUCAUCUCUGCAUCCAAUUUCUCAUCCUCUCUUGAGAGCCCAGCCCAUUGCAAAAGGGGAGACCAAAGCCCCGCUCUGUGUGAUGCUCUGCCCUCUUCUUCUCCUUCUCCUCUUUCCUUCCUUUCCCCUCCCUUCCCGUUUAUUAGAUGCUAAUCCCUGGCACUUGGCACCAGUACCCCCUUGGCACUAAUGAAGAGGUUUUUUAAUCAGCUGCCGCCUCCACGCUUCUCUCCUGAUUCCAAUCCCCGGGGACUGUGCCGCGCCAGAGGGUGCCGGAGCUCUUUGCUGCCUGCUCAUUUAUCACAGUGCUGAUGCCACUUCUCCACUCCGACCAGCUGCCUCUGGAGGAACCUCCUGAGUCUUCCUGCUGUGCAGCAUUUGGGAAGCAUUCUUUACACUGCACAGGUUGAACCCUUGGGAUCGGUGCUUCCUUGCACAUCUCUUUGCCGGAGGGACGCUGGUUUUCCUUGGGACAGCAUCUUGUGAGUAUCCAUUCUUCACUGGGGGCAAACCUCCAGGCGACGUGUCUCAUUGUUCUCCAAGUUUGGUUCUCCUGAACAUUUCAAAGUCAGUCUCCAUCCAUCAAAUCAACUGGAAGAGACUCCAGGUGAGACCAGAGACACGUUUGGGGACACCUAUGGGGCAACCUUCUGUCCAAACUGUAAACAAAACUAUUUCUGAAGGGGGAAAAAACCUGAAACUUCCUGAGCACCGCGUCUUUUCUGCUUCUUUGAUAAUUUGGAUAACAGGACCAGGUAACCUGCCACCAGGCAAGAGCUCUGAAGCUACAUCAUCACCUUCUGUUGUUUAAUGAGGAACAUUUUGGAUGCUUUCCCGAAUUUGGUCAUUUAUCUCCUAGAGAGAACAGACCAAAAGGCCCUGUCCAACGUUACAAAAGGUUUCUUUUCUUUGGAUCACUUUGGCAAAGCGGUUCACCUCCAGAAAUGUAUCUUGCUUAAUUUCCUUGCAUUUUUUUAAACAGCAUUCUAAUUCUUCACCUUUGUACAAACUUUGGGUUUUCUCACUCUUUUUGCGACAGCCGUUCCAUUCAGAAGGUUUCAAGACAGAGAGAAGAUUUCACGCCACAAACGACUCACUUUCUACCUUGCUGUGUUUUGAUUUUUUCUUUGUGGUAUACACUGAGAAGAGAAAGCAAAACUGCAGUCUCAUGUGAAAGGACUGAAGGCGAUUUUUGAAGGGAGAGAGCAAUGGAUUCAGGACAGAAGGGAAGAGAUUGGAUUCCUUCGUGCAAGAGGGAAAGUGGAUUAGGAUAUAAUUCUUAAAGGAGGAAGAACAAGCAAGACUUCUGAGCUGUCUGAUCCCCAAAGAACAAGGCUGUGUGGGUGUCGGGGACAGAAGCACGUAACCCUAUUCAGGCAGAUGGAAGACAGUUUCUUACAGAAAUUGGGAAGGCCAAAGGAAAACCCCUGACAGGAAGGAUAAAGUAGACUAGAUAGAAAUGGAGGGGAAUUGCAAAUGAUGACAGUGGUUCUUAAAAUAAGCAAUAGAUAUCUUUUAAUUUCUGUUCUACAGAAGCAAGUCUGUCGGAGAUUAGGAGAGUAAACUUUCAGGCUCAGGGAUUAUGGGCCCUUUGGCCUGAUAUUUGUAGUAGCCAGGUUCCUAGUUUAGUAGCAAAAAGGGUCCAGAAUGAAAGGUGUUUGACUUAACAGGAUUUUGCAGAAAACUACUUGAAAGAGCAGGGUUUGUUGUCUUGGAUCUUGCUCAAUUCUCUAAUUAUCCUUCAAAGAAUGUUUGGUGCUUGCCAGGUCUGUACAUGCUGACACUUUUGGAAGUUUGGGGAAUGUCCUUUGGAGGUUAUCUCUGAACUUUUCCUCAUAGUGGAAGAUCAGAGCCAGGUCUGUACAUGCUGACAGUUUUGGAUGUUUGGGAAUGUCCUUUGGAAGUUAUCUCUGAACUUUUCCACAUCCUGGAAGAUCAGAGCCAGUAACUCCCAGAUUGCUAAGCUCCUCAAGAUAAACCUGUCAACUCUUGACACAGUUCCUUCAACUGUGAUGGAAUGUUUCCACCGUCAGUCCUUUAGUCGUUACCCUAAUUCUUUGGGGGAAAUUCUUGCUCUGAAACUAUUGUAUUCCAGUGCUCUAUAUAUCUCAGCGCACCUGUGCAGUGUUCAGACCUUAGCAGAUGCAAUUCUGUGUAUGGGGAGGAUGGCAUGUUAGGGUGAAUUCCUCUGCCCAUUCAAAAGAGGCUUUAUUACUUGUGUGUGGGAGAGGGAGAUCUAAAAUUACUCAUAACUCUAGGGGAUUCUAGAGACAUAUGCUUUAAACUCAUCAGCACUCUUUAAAAUAUCUUAAGGGAUUUCAGAUUUUAAUUAGAAAGAUUGCUUAAUCUCAGUGAAUGGGCUAUAAUUGGUUUUUAACAAGACUAUUAAUGAUUUUUUGUCUUAAUACGGUAAAGAAAGGAGACAGGGUUAGCAAUUAGUGAAAGUUUUAAAGAUCUCUUUAAAGAUAUCUUUAGCAGAAACUGAACAGCUUGUCAAUAAUUACUCUUUCCACAGACCUUCAAUCAUAAUCUGGAGAGUUAAAGAAAAUUGGCUCCUUGCCCUCUGUGUGCGAAUUCAUUCACCCUAAUUCCUAUCUAGGAGAAUAUAGCUGAUUUUAUUUCCAAAUGCACUCUUCCUAAGGCCCUAAACUCUCUUUUCUGCAUUGAAGAAGCUCUUUCUCUGACCUUACUUUCUCAAGUUACUAGCUCUAAAGAAAAAGAAGUUAAUUGCUGAUAGGAUUUCUAGUUUGUUAGUUACUGCUUUUCUGUGGACAUAUUUAAUGGAAAGGCUAUCAUAUAUAAAUAAGGAGGCACAAUUAUGGUCACAAGGAAAUCCGCUCUCUUGUUCUUUACGAAUGGAGAAACUUGGUCAAGAAUGUCUUCUGUACAGCUGAACUUGAAAAUACCAGAAUUAUUAUUCCACUGAGCAUGACUUUCUGGUGAACUGGGGAACUCAGGUCGGGCUUCAAGCAACAGAACCAUCAACUCCUGAUUUUUCUUGGAAAACUGGGACGAUGAUUAAGCUAAGCCGAAGGUCUCGCUCUAUGCUGUCCUUGGGCCUCAAUUCUCUUGCCCUCUGCUUUUCGGUGUCGGCUUUCUGCACCAGCUAUUGGUGCGAAGGGACCCACAAAGUCGUCAAGCCGCCUUGCCUCUCAGCUGUCAAGAAAGGGAACUGUGUGCCUGUCAACAGCAAUGACACAAUUGAGUCGAAUGUGACUAUGGACCCACAUGUGGUCCAAUACAUCUGGGAGACGGGUGAAGACAAGUUCUCUUUCCGCUAUUUCCACACGGGCUUCUGGCUCUCAUGUGAGGAACAUCAUGGAGCGGAGAAGUGCCGGAGCUUCAUCGAGCUUCCCCCGGAGUCAGAAAAAGGGGUACUAUGGCUUUCUGUUGCCUCAGAAUUUCUUUAUAUCAUCCUCCUGACUGUGGGGUUCUUGCUGAUGUGCUUGGAUGCUGUCUACUAUGCCAAUUUCAUUGACGGACUCAAGAUCAAUGCUUUCGCUGCUGUGAUCACCGUUCUCUCAGGGCUCCUAGGCAUGGUGGCCCACAUGAUGUACAUGACCGUCUUUCAAGUGGCUGUGAACCUGGGACCAAAAGACUGGAGACCUCAGACGUGGUAUUAUGGGUGGUCCUUUGGCAUGGCCUGGCUGUCUUUUACGCUCUGCAUGUCAGCUUCUGUGCUGACACUCAACACCUACACCAAGACCAUCCUGGAAUUCAAGUAUCGCCGGCGGAUUUUCGAGAAGCACACGGCAUCCAUGGGGAGCCUGAGAGGCUCCGAUCCACCCGCUUUGGCCCCUGACCUCGAACGCUACCUGUGGGAUAAAUACAUCUUCAGUGUUAGUGACUCCCUAGACUUUUCUCCCAGCCCCCCAGGCCCCAUGGCUCCCUGCGUGGGACGCAAGGCCUACACAGGGGGUUAUGCUGGGCUUGCUGGAGGUUACAGUGGGGAUGCCGGUGAUGAAGAUGAUGGGGAGCCAUGCUGAGAGAAAGACCUUUGGAUUGAAAAGGAGCCAUCCUCCUCCUCUAUGCAUCUGUGUUCUGCUGACUUUUCCAUUGACUCCCACAUCCAUCAGAUCAUUGACCCCCACCGACACCUUCCCACCUUACUCUGGUGUGGCACAUGGUGGCUAUUUCACAAUGUAUAGAAACAUCCAUUCCUUUUCAUACACUCUUCUCUCCAGUAAUUGUGUUAAUUUUAGAGAAAUACUAAAGAAGGGUUCUUUUAAGCGGUGGCACUCCAUCUGCGGAAUGCUGUCCUGGUGCCUAUGUUGUGGUCUUUUCUGUGAUGGGCGGAGGACUUUUAAUUCUCCCAGGAAAGUUAAGACCUGUUUUUAGCGCUUUUAGACCUUAGCGCUCUUCUAUUUUGCUGCUGGUUUUUACUUUGGUUUUAUAUGGCAUGGUGGUUUUUAUCUUGUUUUUUUAAAAAUCUGUGCUGUCUCUAGUGAUUGUUGUUUUAUUAUUUGUAUGCCAUGUUUUUAAUGUGUUGAACUACUCAGAUGAUAACUGUCUACUAGAUCUAAAUGAGGAAGGAAGCAAGGAAGGAGUUGAACCUAAGGAUCUGAGAAAUCCUUAGCUACGUAAGCAAUUGAAGCAGUAAUUCAAAGUUUUCUUUGUGUUACGGAAAACUACCCUAAAUAUACAGUGUUCCCUCACUUUUCACGGGUUUUACAUUCCAGGACCACCUGCGAAAAGUGAAAAUCCAGAAGUAGGGAUCUAUCUAUCU